AUGUUGGUUCUGCUCCUGCUGGUGGGUUCAGUGUGCGCGCAGAGUCGGUACUACGACGCGUACUCCGGCCAGCCUAUCACGGAUGCACAGUUCCGAGACCAUGUCAGGAAGAAUACCACUUUUUGGUGUCUAAACGAGGUAGCUCCAUGCGACCCCAACGAGUACCGCCGCUUGGACGGCACCUGCAACAACUUGCGAGCACCGAACAGAGGCGCUCCUCACACACCGCUGGUUCGGCUGUUAGCUGCUGAAUAUGACACAAACUUCGAGCCCAGAAGAUCAAUCACCGGGGAAGACCUGCCGAACCCACGGUCGAUCCGAACCAACAUCUUGGCCGAAGGCAGGGUACCAGACCGUUACUACACACACCUCCUCACAUACUUCUGGGUGUUCAUAUCCUCAGAUGUGCUGUCUCUCCAUGAUACUGUGAACUAUGUGCUGUGGAAGCCGUACUGUUGCACGGAGCGGGGCCGCGCGGACCGCGUCUGCAUACCGACCAGCAUUCCCGAAGACGACCCCGUCCACCGCUUCUCGAAUAUUCGCUGCAUGAAUCUCACGCGGCCCGAGAGCUUCCAGUCCAUAGGAUGUCUCAGAAACGACACGGUCCCCGAGCGGAUAGUAACCGCGACGCCGCUGUUUGACUUAUCUCAAGUGUACGGAACCUCGCUGAACAAAUCUUACGAGAAGGCGCGUGCUUUCCAAGGCGGCUUGCUGAAGGUCGAGGAAGAGAAAGGCAAGAUUUGGCCGCCCAGCGCCAAGACCCCUGCCGUGUGUGUACUGAACCAGCUUCCGCAGGAGACCAGAUGCCAUGAUACACCGGAAGACGCCAUCAACAGCGUCCUCGGUCUCAACGUCUUCUCGAUCUGGUCCUGGCGUAUGCACAACCGGCUGGCCACAAUCCUCGGCCGGCUGAACCCAUGCUGGGGUGAUGAGAAGCUGUUCUACACGGCGCGGGAAAUUGCCAUCGCCAUGGUCACACAGAUGUACUAUUAUGAGCUGAUGCCGGCUUUGUUUGGUCGCGACAAUCUCAUACGAACUGGAGUAAUCUCUCAAUCUCCGGGUUUUCGAGAUCUAUACGAUGAGAACGUUAUUCCCCAAAUAUCUCUCGAGUUCCCCUACGUGCUGCGAUGGGCUCACACCAUACAAGAGGCACUUCUAAAAUUAUACGAUGCUAACGGCAAUGAAGUGAAGCAAGCUAAAGUAACAGACAUCACACUAAGAACUGGAUAUUUGGUUGACAACUUGGAAAUGAUCACUCAAGGAUCUUUCAGACAAGCUACCUCUAAGCCUGAUUAUAUUGUGGAUCCAGAUAUGUCAGAAGUUGGUCUCGGCGGUCUUCAAGCGAUGUCAGAUAUUCUGACCAAUGACAUAAAGAAGGGCCGGUAUUUUGGCUUCGCACCCUACAUCAAAUACCUGCAGAUUUGCUCAGGGCGAACUUACAGGACCUUUGAGGACCUGCAGAAUGUUAUUGACCCAGAGCGUAUCCAAUUGCUGAGGGAGAAGUACAAGAACGUAGAAGACAUAGAACUGAUGGCAGGCAUAUGGAUGGAGAAGCACAUCUCUGGUGGAAGGAUACCCGGGACCCUGGCCUGCAUCAUGAUAGAGCAGAUGAGGCGUACCAUUGUGUCAGAUAGACACUGGUACGAAAGACCGAACAGACCAAACGCGUUUACGUACGAGCAACUGCUCGAGAUCCGCAAGAUGACCAUGGCGCAGUUUAUGUGUGCGGUGGGCGACACCGUCACGCAGAUACAGCCGUACCCCUUCUUCGCUGCCGGACCAGGAAACGAAAUGCGUAAUUGCGUGGAGCAUUCUACGUUCAAUCUCUGGGCUUGGAGAGACAACAGUUGCAACUACAACAACUACAGCCCCUUCACUAGUUAUACACUGUAAUAAAAUGGAUGGAAUAGAAAAUAUUAAAUUAUAAG